AAACGUAAUGCUAUUUGAAAGAAAAUUAAUUAUAUUCAUUUUCCUUAAUUUUUGGAAUAUAGUCACUCCAGCACAACACGCGUGGGGGAACUACACACACUUUUUAAAACAACAAAAUGGGAGGAACGAAGAUCUGUAUUUUAUUGACACCCGUCAUCCCGUGAAUAAUCUAAUUGCAAACAAUCUCAGCUCAAACAUCAAGGAACAAAAAUCAAAAUCAAGCCUCAGAGCAGUAAACUUCACAGAAAUUCAAAACGAACAUUUGAGUGGAGAUCCAAAUGUGGACCCAUCACCUUACAGUCUGAGGGCUAAGAACAGCGGUCGCGUGAAGAGGCAAACACCAGUCCUCGGUAAUCCAGUAAUUAGCGUGGGAUCUUCAUCCCCGGAGUGGGGAAUUUCCUAUAAUAACGAUUCGUCAGAACCUCCGCAAGGAAGCACAGGCUGGAGAAAUUCAGAUGAUUACGAAACGUCAAAAAGCGGAAGCACAGGCUGGAGAAAUUCAGAUGAUUACGAAACGUCAAAAAGCGGAAGUACAGGCAGGAGAAAUUCAGAUGAUUACGAUUCAUCAGGAAGCGGAAGCAUGGAUUGGGAAAAUUUCGAUGAUUAUUGGGAAAUCGAUGAUUAUUAUUCAUCAGAACCUCCAUUCGGAAGUACAGGCAGGAGAAAUUCAGAUGAUUACGAUUCAUCAGAACCUCCACUCGGAAGCACAGGCGGGAGAAAUUCAGGUGAUUAUGAUUCAUCAGAACCACAACUCGGAGGCUUGUCUUCACCAGAACCCAUCGGGCCUCUACCGGACCACGCAUCUGAUAAGUUCUACGCGAUCUGCAGCAAGCUCAGGAAGGCCGUUAGAUUCGGGGCAUCGGAGAUACGGAUCUGUGAUGGCAGUGGGCAUUACCGUCCAUGCAUUAAGUGGAAUCAUGAAAACAAGACCUGGACGGACGCGCACAGACACUGUCGCCAACUGGACGGGUUUCUUCUGGACUACGACGUCCUGGACUCAGCGACGACAGUAAAUGCAAGUGUGCCCGGAUACGAAGGCCGCGUGCUGAGUGUAUCUGAGUACCUACAGCACCAACUGGAUGGUCACAGCUCCCACAUGUGGACCGCAUUGACCCGACGCGGGGGACAUUAUCAGUGGUUCACAACCGUGCCGCCUUUUUCUGUUUCCGAUGCGUAUUUCAGCACGUGUCCAUGUGCUUAUGAGCUGCCUUCUGCAUGCAUCAUUCAUCAGCAGCGUCGUCUAAAAGCCACUGAGACGGAGACCAGCGAAGUGGAGCUGCGUGUCUCCUCCAGCGGGCGCACUCAGGCCUGGAUGAAUGUCCCUACAACAGAAUUUCUGGAACUCACUCUAACUUGCGACUUCUAUAAAAAAAGCAGCGGGGAGAAGAUCUCGAGUAAAGAUAUGGGGAUCUUCUGGAAGAAGGAUGGCGUGUACCUAGGGAUUACAUCGAGAACCAUCCAGCCGUCGGCUUUGAAAGUCACCACCCAGCACCGACUUCUGCCCGCAAACCUAACACAUAAGGACAUGAUGCCACUCCGACAAGGAACGUACUCGUGUGAGACGUGGA